AUGGACGAAGUGGACUACUGCCAUUCCCUCUUCUACGGGACGAAGGCCGCAGAGGACCUUGCCAACCUCCUAAUCGAGAGCACAUACGGUGAAAUGGCGAAAGCCUUUGUCAUCAGCAGUGGCAGUGAAGCAAUUGAAGCAGCCCUGAAACUCGCCCGACAGUACCACAUCGAGAAGAGGCCAAGCGAGCCGCAGCGCUGUCACUUCAUCGCUCGACAGCAGAGCUAUCACGGAACGACUCUCGGAGCACUGGCCGUGGGAGGUCACGUCGCUCGUCGAGCGCUUUACGAGCCCAUGCUGAGUACGGCUAACAGUCGUGUCAGCCCAUGCUACACCUACCGCGGCAAGCAAUCUGUCAUUGAGUCAGAAGCCGGCUAUAUUCAACGACUGGAAUCAGAACUUGAUGCAGAGUUUCAACGAGUGGGCCCUCAGAACGUGGCCGCUUUCAUAGCUGAGCCGGUCGUUGGCGCUGCACUGGGCUGUGUCCCUGCCAUCAAGGGCUACUUCCAGGCAAUGCGACGAGUCUGUGACAAAUACGGCGCCUUGCUGAUAAUGGACGAGAUCAUGUGCGGUUGCGGACGCGUCGGUCCAGAGCCGACAGACCGCUAUCCCAACCCCCUUCACGCCUGGCAAGACCCUUUGAUAGGUGUUGUGCCGGACAUCAUGACCAUUGGCAAGGGGCUGGGGGGAGGCUAUCAACCUGUCGCCGCAACCUUGGCGAACCACAAGGUCGUCGACGUCCUCUUCAACGGCACAGGAGCGUUCAGCCACGGCCAAACGUACCAGGGCCAUCCAAUCGCUUGCCGCGCGGCUGUUGAGGUCCAGCGGAUCAUCCGAGACGACAAUCUCGUUGCCAAUGUACGCAAACAGGGAGCGCUCCUAAGCAAACUGCUGAAGGAGAAAGUGGGCAGUCACGGGGCCGUCGGCGACAUACGAGGCAAAGGUCUGUUCUGGGGCAUCGAAUUCGUCUCGAACAAGAGUGCGAAGACGCCGUAUGAGCCUUCCGAGGCCAUUGCGAUGGGGGUUCAUGAGCUUGCAAUGCGCGAGCCCUUCAACAUCAGCCUGUACCCUGGCUCUGGCACCGUCGACGGCCGGCGGGGCGACCACAUCAUCAUCGCGCCGGCCUACAACGUGACCGAGGAGGAGAUCCGAUCGAUUGUCGAUACGACGGCGUCCGUAGUGAAGCAAUUCUUCCGCCAGUAUGUCGACAGACCUGCUUUGCGUAGCGGAGAGCGUCCAGCGGUGUCAGACCAAGGGAAGCGAUGA